AGCUAGAAACUUGUUGUAGUUGCACUAUUCUAUCCAAUUUCUAUUCUUUUUGGGAGAUAGAUUUGUUAGAAAUAUAAAGUUCAUUUUGAAAUAUUUCAUGAAAGGAUAACCUGUGAAGUUCUUAUAUUAUUGAUGUUAUAGAAUUUGUGAAUAAUGGUUAUGAUUGCAAUUUGACCAUUGUCUAGUAAAUUACUUGUUGCUUCAUAAUGCAAAUUUAGAUUUGGAGAUCUACUCAAUGUCAUUGUUAUUUGACAGGCCCAUAGGUCUCAUUCUUUUGUUGUUUGUUCAAUUAGAUGAGGCAUUACAGUUUAUUGAUUGCUGAUUCGAUCUAAGUUAUUAUAAGAAAUGUACAUUAGUUUGCUUCACAGUUCAAAUGAGGUGUCUAUAAAUCCAGGUAGAAGUUCCUAUUAUUUCUCAUAAAGAUGUAUAGACACCUGAUUUUGAAUGUGUUUAUCACCUGUUCAGAAUGACAGGGAAUUUUUGAUACAACACAAUAUUAAGAAAAGACAAAAAAUUCAAGAGGAUGAUCAAGCGACACUACAAACUUAUGAGAACAGGCCUGCAGCUUCUUCCAAAAUGCUAGCAGUUGAAAAUCUAAGAACAUUUACAGCAUCAUUUAAAGGAAAUGGAUAUGGGAGAAGGAGCCUGCUGAGCUUAGUUUUAUUGUCAACAGCCUCAACAACAUCUAAUGCUAGUGAUUCAAGAACAACACUUCUUCAAGAGUACAUAAAGAAGUCCAAAGAGAACAAAGCAAGGAAUGAUAAAGAGGGACUUAUCUUAAACAAGUCCCAGUAUCAGUACAAGUUUAGUUAAUUUGGAUCACCAAGAGUAUUCUAAUCCUAUUCAAAUUGGGCCUAGUCAAUUCUAUAUAUACGCCUUUACUACAACGCCAAAAAAAUAGCCAGUGAACAUCAAAGUUUCCUGAGAAGAACUUAGUUUCAGAGGAAAGGUUGUAUCGGGUUUUAGGGUGUGAGAGAUCUCCACCAAAAGAAGCCUCUUCUUUUUCGGAAUCGUUGAGCAAGACUCCUCAUUCUAGGGACAAUCCUCCUCAUUCUAGGGACACCAACUUCAGAAUAACAACAAGAUAAGCAUUCCAUACUAUCAAGGCAAUUCUCCCUCAGCAAGGUCUUUUCUCCAGUCUCGAGCCUCUCAUCAGAAAGGACACAUUAUUUACCUUCCGCGCCAAUUACAAAUAGCGGUGCAGACUCAGCAAACUCAGCACAUUUUGGAUGGAUCAGGCCACUCCUAUCUUAUUUUGGAAGUUUGGGGCAUUUUGGAUCUUAGAGAUUAAUAUAUAAUAUUGGAUGCUUUUUAUUGUGAGAUAUUGAGUAAUUAUUGUGUAUGUAUAUGUUUUGUCUCUAAUAUUAUAUAUUGAGUAAUCAUUGUGUAUGUAUAUAUAAUAUUAGAUAUUCAUCACCGUUUGAGACAUGUUUGUGCAUGUAUAUGUUUUUUAUUUCAUUGUGAGAUAUUGAAUAAUCAUUGUGUGA